AGGAAUUUAUUUUAAUCCACCAAUGUUUAGUUAAAUAAAUGGAUUUAGAAAAAACUUGCUACCCUUGCAAGCAACCCAUACAAGAUAAAAAGCCUCCCUGUCCUCUCCAAUGUAAGUCUCCAAAAUGUGCGGCCUACAAACCCAAGGCACCAAUAGACACAAGCAAGACGCCCAUAGUUUGGGUGCUGGGCGGUCCGGGAUCAGGCAAGGGCACGCAAUGCGAGAGGAUAAUCGCCAAGUACGGAUUCACACACCUCUCAACUGGCGACCUGCUGCGCGCGGAGGUGAAGAGUGGCUCCGACCGCGCCAAGUGUCUCACAUCCAUCAUGGAGCGGGGUGAGCUGGUGCCUAAUGAGACGGUGCUGGAGCUGUUGCGGGAGGCAAUGAUGGCGCGCGCCGCGGAUUCCAAGGGUUUCCUCAUCGACGGCUACCCCAGAGAGAAAUCGCAGGGCAUCGCCUUCGAAAACACCAUCGCUCCUGUUACUGUGAUAUUAUACUUCGAGGCGUCGUGCGAGACGCUGACAAAGCGGCUGCUGGGCCGCGCGGCGAGCUCUGGCCGAGCAGACGACAACGAGGAAACUAUCAAACUUCGCCUCAAGACCUUCCUCGAUAACAACGACCUCGUGCUCGCACAGUACCCUGACAAACUGAGGAGGAUAAACGCUGAGGCGACGGUUGACCAGAUCUUUAGUGAAGUACAGAAGAUCUUGGAUCCCAUUGUGGCCACUAAAUGAGUUACCAUGACUGUCUCCAGCUAGCACAAUAUUGUACAUACAACUACUAUAACUUUACUGAUCAUUAAAUUAUUUCUUUA